GCCUGCUCACUCUCACUUCCGCUUUCCUCUCAGCUAAAUGCAGAGGGGUUCGUAGCUGCAGAGUCCCUGGGCAGAAGGAUCUGAGGGGGUUCGGGCUGCAGCAAGGAUGUCCAAGGCGAGAAACCUCCUCCUGGCUUCUCUGCUGCUCUGUCUUCACUACAGUCCUCUCUCCGGGGCCACAGGACCGGGCUUUGUGGGCAGAAUCACGGACAAAGGCCUGGACUAUGGUGGGUGCCUUUUAUUCCCCAUUCUGACCCCCCCUCCACCCCACCCAGCCUGCAGGGUCAUGUCAUGAUUGAAGAGCCAGGAGGUCUGGAGUCUCUCAGCCUAACCGGCCUCUCAGGGUUGUUGUUGAGGAUAAAACAGGGAGGAGGAGACUCACUCUGAGUGCCUGGAAGGAAAAGCGGGAUCAAAACGUCAUCAAUAAAAUAAAUAGUGUGUACAGUUCUGGUUGCCUCACGUCAAAAUGGAUAUUGUAGAUUUGGAAAAGCUUCAGGAAAGGGCCACCGAAAUGACGAGGGGAAGGGAGGAAAGGCUGAAGCACUUGGGACUUUUCUCUAAACCGAAGACAAGCAAGAGUUGAUAGAAGUUUAUACAACGAUGCUUGACGCAGAGAAAGUGGAAAAGAUUCUCUCUCUGUGUGUCUCUCUCAUAACUCUAGAAUCCGUGGACAUCCCAUGGAGCUGAAAUGUUGGAAGAUUCAGGACAGACAAAUGAAAGCACUUCCAUAGUUAACCUACGGAACUCCCUCCCACAGGAUGCAGUGAUGGGCACUGACCUAGACGGCUUUAAAAGAGGAUUAGGCAAAUUCACGCAGCGGGGAGUAAUCUGGGGCUGCUGCCUCUGCUCUGCUUCCACGCUCAGAGGGACUAAUGUUCCUGCAGGAGGGAGUUCCAUAGUUUAACUCCGUGCUGUGAGCUGCGCUCUAAAACAUCAAGAGGGCACCAGGUUGGUGAAAGGUGGCAAGUUAGGUGGGUUUGAAACAAUAAAUCUGUUGCUUUCUCUAUUUUGGGGGGCAGACCUACAGAAGUAGGAAGGGGCUGCUUUGCACCAUCCUGAUCCCUGCCAGUUCUGCUCUCCCAGACAGCAUGAGGGCGUGGGCUGUCCGCCUGGGUCACUGCUUUUGCCUGCAGGAACGAGAGUUUCCUGCUGACAGUGUGGGGCUCUGUUUGACUGCUGGCUGAGUGGAUACAGCUGGGGAGGUGGUCCAGGGUCCACACUUUCUUUCUUGGGUCUCUGCCCACCUGACUGCUUCAAUCCGUGGAACACAUGCAGUUAAAUGGGCCACAUCACCCCCAUUCCACAUUUGUAAGCAGGCAAUCUUUCUGUGUGGCAGCACCUAACCUUUGGAACUCCCUGCAGGCGCUUUCACUGCACUCUUUUUGGUACUCUUACUGUACUCUUUUUGGUACUGUACUCUUUUAUCACUCUUUUUGGUGUGUGGUAAAAAUGUUUUGGUUUAGAUAAGUCUGUCCAGGGAUGUAGAAUUUCUGAUGUAUGUUUUAAUAAUUUUUUUAAUUGAAAAUUUUAUUUACAACAUAACAUAACAUACCCCCCCAGUACAGAAAGACAAUAAACAUAACAUACAACAACACAAACAACCAAAUAAAAGACUUCCUUUAUCCUGUAUCUGUCCUCCUUAUUUACUUCUUAUAGGUUGUUCCUUUAUGAAUAACUAUUAAGAUUUUUCUAAUUAUAACUUAAAUAUCCACAAAGCCUCCUGCUCUUUCUGAUGUAUGUUUUAUGUUUUAUUUUUUUAUUUUAUUUUAUUUUUUGGCUGGGUACAAGUACGGCGCUUCUCGGUUUUAUUUAUUUUAAUGAUAUUUAUUGAAAUUUUUUUAAAUUACAGAGAAAAAACAAAGCAGAAAAGGGGGAAAAAAAGAAACAAAGAAAAAACAAACCACAUCAAACAAUACAAAUUCAAAAAACAAAAAUACGCCGCAAACAGACAAUAACAACUCCAUCAUUCUCAAAUCCUCAACUUUCAUUACCUUCUUUCUUUGACCUCCUCCUCCUCCCUUUUUUUGUAUCCUAGUUAAUAAUUAUCGCAGCAAAUCCUUUCCAUAUUUCAUAAUAUUCUGUCAUUACAUUGCUUUAAUCUAUUUUCAUCUUAUCUUAUAGAAAACCUUAAAAACUUAAAACUUAAAUCUUAUUUUUACCGACUUCUCACAACCAUAAUAUUCUUACCUAAUUCUUUAAACAUUUUUACUAGAGCCAAGUAAUUUCCUUCCAGCAUUUUUCUAACAUUCAUCAAUUUUAUAAAACAAUCCUGGUAAUAAAAAAAAGAGAUAAAAAUAAUCGAGUCUUCCACCAGCGUCCCUUCCUCCUGGUCCCGGGUUUUGUCAGUCCUUUUUAUCCCAUCGAUCCCAUCGAUCUAGCGCAUUAACCUGGUAACCUUAUAUCCGAGGCCCUUAAAUCUCUUCCAUGUCCCUUCCGCAGCUCUUCUUCAUAUUCUCCUUUCACUCGUGGGAACUCCAGCUUGGUGAUGUUUUUGACCCUUUUCAGCAAAUCAGCCCCUUUUCCAUAGUCCAGACUCAACUCCAUAUGGUAUUUAAAAACAUGUUUCAGAAUCCCUCCAAAACUGAGAGCCCCCACAGCUCCAAACAUCUCACGGCCCAUUGCCAGACUCGGAAAGUCCAAACAUCCCUGCGUAGGGGGGUCUAUCCAACCCCCCAUUUCCAAACCAAUCCAAACUUUAUCUUUCCAAAUCUGGCUUUUUCCAAGUUCAUUUGUCAAGUCCAAAAGCUCCUGCUCCUGCAAGGCCGCAGCUCCCUCCAUCUCUGGCGCCCAAGAUUCAGCAACAUCCUCUUCUCUCAUCUGCUCUGUCAGGACGCACUCCUGUUCUAAUUCCUGGGUGGGCUCCACAUAGUUUCCCACUGCCUGUUCAAAAUUUCUGGCCGCAUUAGUCAUCAAAUCCAUCUUCUCAUUUAACUGUUCCAGUAGGGCACUUGUUUUCCAGAGAGCACACAACAGAGCCUCUGAAUACAUUGUCCUACAAGGUCACAAGUCCAUUCCCACGAUUGUAAUCUGUGACAGCUGCAAGCUCCCUGGAAUUAGUUAUAGUUUCACAGUCUCCCUCUAGGGGGAGAACUUCUAUUUGUUCUUGCAACAAAGUAUCCUUUUUGAGAUAUUUUGUCAAUAUUUGACACCCCGCUCCAGGAUCAGGACGGUGGAAAGUUACUUUACUUUAAACUCACUUCUGCAGGUUUAAACAGUCCGAAAAAGAUCCCCCUUCUUCUCCUGCUGUCAAAGGGGGGUUCCACAAUUUUAAAUGAUGAAAUCCAAUCCUUUAGAGGCGAUUUUCUGAGCUCUAGUUUACAUUGUCUUUGCUUUAUUCUGUCUACAAAUAAACGGAAGGCUGACUUCCUGUUUAGACCUUCCCGUUUCAGUACCAAAUUGAAGUAAAUUUUUAAGUCCAAUUCCUUUCUGCACGCAAGUCCUUAUUUAAAGUCCGAUUGUUCAAAUUUUAAGUACUCACGGGUGCUUAUUUUAGAAGCCAAAUUGUCCCAGGAAAAAGGCAGCGCUCUCCGGCAACGGCUAUGCGGCUUCACUCCACGGAAAUAGCAGUUGACUCACAGCACCGCGCCACUUCCCCCUCUUCACUUCGGAGCCCGUUAGUGGGUUCCUUUGCGGGUUGGGGGGGCGCUAAGGGUGCCUGCCGAGUCCCAUGGUCACAGGCUUCAUCCGCCUGUGAUUUUUAGCAGGGUCCCCGCUUCGCCGUAGCGGAAAAGACCUGUUUCACGCAGAGCUAGUCCCUCCAGUUCAGAGGGAGUCCGCCAUUGUCGAUGGCGCCACCCCGGAAGUCCUGAUGUAUGUUUUAAUCUGUUUUUAGUUUACUGCUGAUUUUCCUUUUCAAAUGUUUGAAAGAGCUGUUUUCGAUGAUAAUGGUAUUGUUUUAUUGUCACUCGCUCCGAGAUGUUUGGCUUUUUUACACUAAAUAAAGCCAUUGCUUUGACCCAAAAAAGGGCCCAAAAAAGGCAAAUCGGUUCCUUCAAGAGGGAUGCAAACAGUCUGACGCCAACCUUUUCUCUCCUUUGCUUCAGCUCGCCAGGAGGGGGUGGCAGCCUUGCAGCAGAAACUGGCACAGCUGACUCUGCCCGACUUCUCUGGAUCCUUCAGAGUUAAAGUUAUUGGGAAAGUGGACUACAAACUCUACAGGUGAGGCCACCACAGACUGGAAGAGACUACAAUAAUAGGUUCUGGAGAAGAUGGUUUCUGCCCCGGGCAAGGUGCAGUUGGGGUGUCUUGUGGAGACAACUCAAAUGAAGUUGGGAGGGAUAAAAUUUCUUUUUGGGGGGCAGUAAGAGACUUGAAUAAGUAGAUUAAUAACUUGAGAAUGAGCAGGGGGGCUCAUUUCUAAGAUGGGUUAGUCCUUCCCACCCCAAAAAGCUCAGGGUCCACCACAGCUUCUCCUGCACAGCCUCAUUCAACAGCACAUCACCCAGCUAUGUUGGUGUCAACUCCCUGGGGCCCUGGGUGCCCAUGAAGGGACCGGGCACCCACAAAUCUUGGUGCCAGGGUCAUGCAUAUUGCUUGGCACCCAUGGCCCCGGGCACCCACAGUUGCAGGGCCAAGCUGGCACUCCUGCCCAGCCAGGGCCAAACUCAUCUUGUGUGAUUCACAGGCGUGAACGUUCUGGACGCCUCUUUGCUUUGGAUAAAGGGUUGUUUUGGGGCUCACAUUAAGAUCUAGAGUUCCAAAGCAAAGGCCAUUGAAUCGCUGUGCUGUAGACUUGGAGGGAACUCCAAAGGUCAUCUAGGCCAACCCCCUGCAAGGCAGAGAUCUCAACUAAAGCAUCCAUGGCAGGUGGUCAUCCAACCUCCAAGGAAGGAGAGUCUACUGUCAGGAGCUCGGCCUACACUUGAGUAGGACCCUGGCAGAGACACAUGCCCAACUGGCAUAUUCUCUCCCUCCUGGUCGAUCGUUCGGGAGCUUCAAAAGCUUUCUUCAGCCCAAACAUCACAGCGAUCGAUGCCAACCGACAUCGACACACUUAGGGAUCUGCAAAGACUUCGCAGUUUGCAUAACAAACCUCAGCAACUCAGCAUUUUGGCUAAUCUACUUUAUUUACACAUGGAGCACUGCAACAUGGUUCCCUCUCUCUCUAGCAUCAGACAGCAAAGAGAAAGAGGACAAAGGACAAUAGUCCCACUUUAUGGAACACAGUAACACAAACAUCCUGUCUUCUUCACUUCCCACUCUGUGGAGUCAAAACAUACACCGUCAUGUGAAAGACAACAAUCCCAUGACUGCAGUCACGGAGCAGGAAUUCUAACAUCUACAACCUCCUGAGGGAGAUCAUUCCACUGUCCAACUGGUCUUACUGCCAGAAAGCUUUUCCGAAUGUUUAGUCGGAAUCUCCCUUCUGGUAACUUGAAGCCCUUGGCUCAGGUCCUAUCCUCCAGAGCAGGAGAAGACCAGCUUGCUCCAUCUUCCAUGGGACACCCCUUCAGAUAUUUAAAGAUAUCUCCGCUCAGUAUCCUCUUUUCCAGGCUAAAUAUAUCCAACUCCCUCAACCAUUCCUCAUAAGGCUUGGUUUCCAGACCCUUGAUUUUAUGAUUAUUAUUUAUUAAAUUUGUAUACCAACCUUCAUCCAUAGCUCUCAGGGUGGUUCACAACAUAAAAAUACAAAAUAUAUAAUAAAAACAAGAAUAAAGGCAAACUAAUAACCCCACACUCCCCCACCUGCCACCCCCAUCUUGGUUGCCCUCCUCUGCACACCUUCCAGUUUGUCAACAUUUUGGGUCCCAGAAUUGGACACAGUAUUCCAGGUGUGGUCUGAGCAGGUCUGAGCAGGGCAGAAUAGAGAGGGACUAUGACUUCUCUUGAGCUGGACACUAGGCUUCAGUUGAUGCAACCUAGAAUUGCAUUCACAUUUUUUGCUAUUGCAUCCAUCACACGGUUGACUCAUGUGAAACUUGUGGUCUACUAAGACCCCUUGAUCCUUUUCGCACGUACUGCUGUCACGAGCAAGCCCCUUAUUUGAAUCAGGCGAAUCCACCCUCUCCAUUGCAUUGCUGAUUUCCCCAAACCAAUGACCUUCUCCUUCCUUUUUCUCCUGCAGCUUGAACGUUCGCAGUUUCCAGUUGCCAAGCUCCGCUAUAGCACCGGUCCCAGGCAUGGGCCUCAAGGUCUCCAUCACCAAUGCCUUUGCCGAAGUGACGGGCGACUGGUCGGUGAAGAAGCGCUGGUUGUGAGUCCAUCGUUGCCUCUUAGCUUUGGGUCACUUAGAGGCAGUGGGGAGGAAUUCGAUUCAGUUCACAUGGGAAGGCACAUUCACCAAAUCUCGCUGUCUGAAACAAUACGCAGAGCGAAACAGAGCCGCCCCUGGAAAUUCUCCCUUUCCUGAAUUGGUUAUCCUGCUCCUCAUUUAAUCCCCACAAGAACCCCGUAAGGUAGGCUAGACUGAGAGAAACAGUGACUAGGCAGCUCAAGGUUACCGGGUGAGGAUUUGAACCCUGGUCUCCUGGGUUCAAAUACUCUAACCACUGCACCAAAUCCUUUGUUCUGUUGUCUUUCCAAAUAGCAAGGACCACGGCUCAUUUGACCUGAAGGUUGAGGGCAUCUCCAUCUCCUUAGGCUUGAAGCUGGGGGCAGAUGCUGCUGGGAGGCCGACGGUGGGCACAGCAGAUUGCGCCGCUCACAUCUCCGAUGUCAAAGUGCACUUUUCAGGCAGGUUGAGGUAGGUGGUUGUCCGUUGCCCUGCAGCUUCACUUGGAAUGCUACCCUGCUUGCUGUCGACACAAGCCUCCCCUUUGCUACCUCUAAUAAUAAUAAUAAUAAUAAUAAUAAUAAUAAUAAUUUAUUAUUUAGACACCGGCCACUGGUUGGGCUUCCCCAGCCACUCUGGGCAGCUUCCAACAAAAUAUUAAAAUACAGUAAUGCAUCAAACAUUAAAAGCUUCCCUGAAUAGGGCUGCCUUCAGAUGUCUUCUAAAUGUCUGCUAGUUGUUCUUCUCUUUGACAUCUGGGGGAGGGUGUUCCACAGUGCGGGUGCCACUACCGAGAAGGCCCCCUGCCUGGUUCUCUGUAAUGUUGCUUCUCGCAGGGAGGGAACCGCCAGAAGGCCCUCAGAGCUGGACCUCAGAGUCCGGGCAGAACGAUGGGGGUGGAGACAGGACCAAGGCCGUUUAGGGCUUUCAAGGUCAACACCAACACUUUGAAUUGUGCUCAGAAACGUACUCGGAAAUGAUGCCCAAACCAAGUGUCCCUGUGCUGAGGGCCAGCUCCCCUUUUCCAUCAGUCAUUUUGAAAACUCAUUGCAUUCAUCCAUCUCGAAAAGGAACCAGCCCCUAACUUAACAUCAGCAUAGUAUCUGUCAUUGUAUCGUGUGGUCUUUCAUAUCUGUUUGGCACCCCUGUGAACCCCAUUGGCAAGAUCGCUGCGCGAUCAACCUUCAGCAGCCACAACCUUUGCAACCUCCAGUCAAGCAUAGAAUUGCAGAGCCGGAAGGGACCCCCUAAAGUCAUCUAGUCCAGCCCCCUGCAUUGCAAGAAGCACUUCCUCCCCUCUUGCUUCUUCAGAACACCUAAAGCUGCUCUUAGUUUCUGGGAUCUUCAAGGGGGAAAGUAGUGCAAGCACUUUAGGAAAUAAAAGCUUUUUACCUUAUUGACAUUGAUCCUCCCAUUCUUCUCUCGCCAUCGCAGCUGGCUGUACAACCUCUUCCACAAAAACAUCGAGUCGUCGUUCAGAAAUACCAUGGAAGGCAAGGUAAAGCCUUCACAGGAUUUCCAAGGGCUCCUUCCCAGUUCCUUUCUCGCUUUCCGCAGUUUCUCAAAUGAAUGGGACCCCUGCGUGGGUGCACCUUUAAACCCUGCCUUCCAGCCCAGAAGUUGCUCCCUCUAAAAAGUCGGGUUUUGCAGGAGCUGGCUGCUGCUCUGCAAGAGGGAAUGGCACUCUGCACAUGCUCAGAAGCAGGAGUUCACCCGGCAGCGCUCAGAUUGGCGUCCUAGGAGACCAACAGCAAUAGCAAAAGCAAGCUUUUGGAAGUACAUUGCUGUUGUUAGGAAACACUUGGUGCCUCCCUUGCUCUUGGGCCCUCAGCCCAUGUUCUGGCUUGUUCCUAGCCUGGUUCUCUAGCCUCCUCCUGUUUCUGACUCAACGGCUUGCAUGCGCACUGGGGGUGGUGGAGUGGGGGCCAAAUACUUGGAAGGAAAGGCUGAGCGUGCGGAAUCUGCUGCUGCGGCUCCAAAGCACGCUCCGUGUUCGCUGCAAAAUUCACACAUGGCAUUGCAAACCUCCUGUGGCAUCACUUGGACUUGAAGGAACCGCUUCCCCUUAAGGAAGGUUUUGUUUGCUUCUGAAUUCAGUAGCCCCACAAACAGACCCAGGACUUCAGCAUUCUUUUUCAUUAUAUAUAUAUAUUCAUUUUAAUACAUCAAACACAAAAAAGAAAUAUAGAAGUAAACAAAUAUCCAUCACCUCUUAGCAACUAAAAAGGAAAAAAAGAAAUAUUACAACAAUAAUACAUUAAAUAGUUCUCACAAUACAUUUGACAUAAACAUGACUUUUUUCUAUAUAACUGACUUCCCGUCUACUCCUUACUUCUAUUUCUCAUCAAUUAUUCACUGCCAUAUUAUAACAUGUUUUGGUUUUGAGAAUUUAUUCUAUCCUAGGUUUUCCAUCAGACUUAAAACUCCUACUGAAGUUAUUCAAAUGCUGCUACAGACUUUAAGCUGUCAUUACUAUUUUUCAGAUAAAUUUUAAAGAUUUUCCAUUUUGAGAUAAAUACUUCCUUUGAUUUAUUUUUUAUUCUUUCUGAUAAAUCAUCUAAUUCCACAUAUUCAAUCAUUUUUUGAGUCCACUCUGAUCUAGAAGGGACUUUGUUGCUUUUCCAAUUUGUCGCAAUAAGUAUUUUUUAGGGAUAUCCGAAUCUGUGAUUCCCAGUAGGUAAACUUCUGGUUUUUUGCUGAAAGAUAUUUUAAACAUUUUUCCCCAGGACUUCAGCAUUCAAAUGCGCUUUGAGCCGAAAAGACGUGGGGUUUUUUGUGUGCCUUGGGUGUUAGGAAUUAGCUUCCUUCGAUUUCACAGGCCUUUGCGAGCUUAAUUUAGCCAAGCAUGCCCUUGGGAACAAUGGGCUCUCCUGUUCUCCACAAAAGGCAGCAGCAGGGGAGCCCUGCGCCAAGCCUUGUCGACAAGCCGCUUUCGGUAAUUGCUACAUGGCUGCCUGGCACCAACUGCUGUGUCCGAGGGUGGAGAAAGGAAUGACCGAGUCUCCCUGCAGGGAGGACCCUGGAAAGUCCAGCCCCAUCGCAGACACCUGAUUUUAGCUUAGAGUCCUGCAUUGCAGAGGUUUGGACUAGAUGAGUCUUGGGGUCCGUUCCAGCUCUGAAAUUCUAUAACUCUGUGUCUAAGGCCUAUGGAGCAGAGCCUUUGUGGAAUCAUAGAAUGGUAGAGCUGGUAGCGAAGUGUUUUUUCCUUCUUCUCAUGGGGACAUAAGCAGAGCCUUCUGUACCCAUCCCAAAAGGCCCAGCGAUUCCUAGAACCAUGGAAUUGUUGAGUGGGAAGGGAUCUCCCAAGGGUCCUCAAGCCCAACUCUCUGCAGUGCAGAAGACCAUCAUACCCAUAAUAUGCCUCUGGUGUGCAUUGUCCAAAACUGCAUUGAUAAACCCCUGGGCCAGAUGUGGGUAAACAAUGGCAGGAGGAGACCGGGGGCCGCAAGUGAGGCUCAGUGGAGAUCACCAUUCACAGUUGCUUGUGCCCCACAUCUAGCACCAGUACUCCAAGAUAGACCACACUUGGGAAUGGAGGUUCUGCUAGUUUCAGAGCCAAGCAACGAGCCCAUGGACACAUGGGGCUCCUGCCAAGGAGUACGUAAGUCGUCCUUAUGGCCUUUCUUCUCUUCCCCCCAGGUCUGUGAAGAAGUGAGCAGUUCCAUUGGCUCCAAACUGCAGCCUUUCCUGCAAACCCUGCCAGGUAAGAACAAUGAUGGUGGAAGCCGGUGACAAGCUGGAUCCCAUCAGGGGGAAAGAGCUCCUUCUAAGCAAUGCCUAGGGACACAGGUGGCGCUGUGGGUUAAACCACAGAGCCUAGGGCUUGCCAAUUGGAAGGUCGGCGGUUCGAAUCCUUGCGACGGGAUGAGCUCCCGUUGCUCAGUCCCUGCUGCUGCCCACCUAGCAGUUCGAAAGCACAUCCAAGUGCAAGUAGAUAAAUAGGUACCACUCUGGCAGGAAGGUAAACGGUGUUUCUGUGCGCUGCUCUGGUUCGCCAGAAGCGGCUUAGUGCUGCUGGCGACAUGACCCAGAAGCUGGACGCCGGCUCCCUCGGCCAGUAAAGCGAGAUGAGCGCCGCAACCUCAGAGUCGGCCACGACUGGACCUAACGGUCAGGGGUCCCUUUACCUUUAAGCAAUGCCUGCUUUAUUCCUGCAUUGCAGGAGGCCGGACUAUAUUCCCCUCGUGGCCCCUUCCAACUCUACUAUUUUAUGAUUCUAUGAAGUGAGACCCCAACUUUGGCCCAGCCAGAGUAUCUGGCCUUAAACAGAACCCACAAUCUGGAGGAUUUGGGAGACCAAAAUGCUCUCAGUUAAUAUUUGGCUAAUAUUCAUUCUGUAACACAAGUUGUCAGUAGGGCAAUGGGAGAUUUCUUUCUAAGCCAAACGUAGAGGAUAGAGGAGGAAGAAGACUUACAUAAACCUCACAUCUUUUAUACGUACAGAUGCAGAUUAAAUUUUCUAGAGAUAAUUACUCUAAACAUAGCUGUCAACUUUUCCCUUUUCUUGUGAGGAAUCCUAUUCGGAAUAAGGGAAUUUCCCUUUUAAACAGGGAAAUGUUGACAGCUAUGAUCUAAAUGUAAAUAGAUAUACAAUCCAGCUCAGUCUAGUAGGGAAGUCUGUGACCAGCUGAUCCGUAGGUUUGCUCAGUCUGCAGUCUAAAAUGCUUCUGGGCCCCUGCAUACCUUGGCAUAAUGUGGGCUUAUUCAUUUAUACACUGUUUGAUUGUCAAAAAGCAAACAAACCUCAAAGCGGUUUGCAAAAAAAAAAAGAGAUUUUUGAAAAAUAGCAGCAAUAAUUUAAAAUGGUUAAAAAUAGCAAUAGACUCAAACCAGUUUAAAACUCACAUCCACUUUCUAACCAUCCCGGUGGGCUUGUCUAAAUAAAUGUGUUUUUAGCAGGUGCCAAAAAGAGUAGAGGCCGGAUGUCAGGUGGCAGGGAGUUCUGCCUACUUUAGAAAAAUUCAUGCAGGGGGUGAGGGCAGCCAUGCUUCUGAAGAGCAGUUGCUGUUAUGCUCACUUUCUGCUUGCUGGUUUCCUGUGGAGGAAUCUAGUGGAUCCCUCUGAGAAUAGGAUGCGGGACCAAAUGGGCCAUUGGCCUGAUUGUCCCGAUCCACCGGCCCAAAGGUGGGCUCGUGGGAGUGGUUUGAUGAAGGUAUACCCAAGAAGGAUUUCAAAGACACCUGAGUGAUCAGUUCUAGUGAUUUAUUACAUAUGGUAAGUCAGCCUGCUGGGCCUCGCUGCCAUUACGGACAUGGGACAGACCCCGCAGCAGUGAGAGGUUGCCAUGGCUUGUCCGUACCCAAGCAAACAUUUAGGCAUCCUUUAUGCACAAAGCAGCAGAGCCCAGUUUGCUUCUGCCCUCUCUGGGCCCAGAGCCCAGCAUCCCAAGGCCCUCAGAUAAGCACAGCAUCAAAGCAAACCCAUUAGCAUAGAUCAAAGCAAGGAAACAUAUCUGAGCUCAUUCUUGCAACAACUACCAAUUCUUUUUUGGGUUACCUAGACUACCAAGAUGGAGCUUGCACUUUGCUUCAACACACCAAUCCAGCAGGGUUCUGAUUAUGAGAACUGUGGUACCUUGGGUUACAGACGCUUCAGGUUACAGACGCUUCAGGUUACAGACUCUGCUAACCCAGAAAUAGUACCUCGGGUUAAGAACUUUGCUUCAGGAUGAGAACGGAAAUCGCACGGCAGCAGCGGGAAGCCCCAUUAGCUAAAGUAGUACCUCAGGUUAAGAACAGUUUCAGGUUAAGAAAGGACCUCCUGAACGAAUUACCGAGGUACCACUGUACUGUAUUAUAGAAAUUGGCACUAAAAUGCUGAUGAGCUUUUCUUUCUUUCUGGGGGUACAACAAACAAAACCAAAAGCAUAAUCUGAUGUGCAAAUGCAGAGAACUGGAUUCAAGACUGGGAAAAUGAGAGACUGAAAUGGACACCUUUGUCCGACGCUGCUUUGUCGCCAUCUCGCCCCAGCUCCUCGAUUUGUCCUGUUUUUUUUCCUAGUCACGGCUAGAAUUGACAAGGUGUCUGGGAUCGAUUACUCUCUGGUUGCUCCUCCUGUGGCUUCACAGAAUUCCCUAGACUUGGACCUGAAGGUAGGGAAAAGGAGGGAGGGAGGGGGAGGUUUAUGGAUCGUGUCCAGUUUUCCCUCCCGGAGGCCUCCUGUGCUGCGGGCAUCUUCCUGGUGGGAAGACGCUUGCCUGUCGCUUCCCUUCGUCUCUUCCUAAAACACUUACCUGAGAUUCCUGUAUUGCAGGGGGUUGGACCAGAAGAAGCGAAGGGCUCCAUCCAGCCCUACAGUUCUGUGAUUCUAGGAAGGAGAAAAGAAACAGGCUGAGUCCCCUUCAUUCGCAUUCUGUCCUAGGAAUGGCUUCCCAUUUUUCGCAUUUCCUCUCCCACCAGGGUGAAUUCUUCUCCCUCGCCCAUCGCUCUGCUCCUCCUUUCACACCACCAGCCCUCGCUUUCCCGGUGGAUCAGGACCGCAUGCUUUAUUUCGGGAUCUCCACUUACUUCUUCAACACCGCAGGCCUUGUAUACUACGGAGCAGGGGAGAUGAACUUCUUCAUCACAGACGACAUGGUAAGGAGGGCUGGGGAGCCCAAGUUUGCAGAGCUGGCUUUACCAGGGGGUGGAUCACGCUGCAAUCCCCUACAGUGGCUCUUGAGUAGCUCCCUUUGAUAGUGAGAUCAGGAUGUGGAACUAGAUGGGCCAUUGGCUUGGUGCAGCAGGCUUUUCUCAUCUCCUCAAUGCUGCCGACAUGUUUUUCUACCAAUAAGACGACAGGAGCCUGUUGAUGGCCCACAAUGGAAGCCUGGCUUUGAUGGGAGGUUCUGGGCUGAGUUUCCAGCUAAAACCCAGCAGGAGAACAAGACGAAGGUUUAAAGGGGCUGUUCUUUCUAACCUCUGCUUUCCCAAGUCAUAGUAUAUUGUCCUAUCUCUCCAUCCCCAACAUGCCUCUUCUCCCCUGCGCAGGUUCCGAAGGAGUUUAAAGUCCGGCUCAACACCACAUGCUUCAAGGCCUUUGUUCCACAGGUGAGCAGCUGGGGUAUCAGUUACGGGAGAAGAUGGGUCCACUUGGACCUGAUCCAGCAGCCAGGCUCUACUGAGAUUCUCAUGCAGCCUUUGCUCUCCACACCCAGUUGGAAAAGCUGUACCCCAACAUGCUCAUGAAGCUCCAAGUCUCACCUUCUUCUGCCCCGUCUCUGACCAUCACACCUGACGCCAUUUCGCUGUCCCCGGUGGUCGACAUCAGAGCAUUUGCCAUCCUCCCCAACGCUUCCUUGGCCUCACUCUUUGUGAUUGGUGCGGUAAGUUCAGGACACACCUUGAGUCUUGGUGCUGCCCAUGAUCAAGAGGGUAGGUAUUUUGUGCCCCUUCCAGUCUGCCCAUUGCCCUAAGCCUCCUCUUCCACCUUCAUCAGAGAUUUGUCGAUUGUGGGUGCUCAUUUCUGCCUCUUCCCUUCCUUAUUCCCAGAUAUUUUUCUUUCUGAAUGUUAUACAUUCCCCUCAGCUUUACUAACAGAUGCGUUUUCUCAAAGAGAUCUUCCUUCUCCUUCUCCUUCUCCUUCUCCUCCUUCCUUCCUUGCUUCCUUCCCUUCUUCCCUUCUCUUUUUUUGUUGUUGCAAAUUUCCCCAAUGAUUAAAAGAAUUCCAAAUCUUCAUAUGUAUAGAUUUCACAUGAUGUAAACUUUUUCUGAUCUCUUUGCAAAGCACAUUCAACCUGCUUCUCUUUGAUUUCAGUCAACCACCAUUUCAGCCAAAGUUUCUGUUAACUCCACCAAGAUCUUUGGGUCCCUCAAGCUUGGCAAGUAAGAAACAACAAAUGUGCUUUACCAUUUUAAUACCACCCCAAAAGUUUUUUGCUUGAUUAGAAGCUACCACAAAAGGUCCUAGAACAGAUAAUUCAGCAGUCAGUCUGAGGGCACUUAGAAAGGGAUGCUGUGAUUACUAAGACCCAGCAUGGUGUUCUCAAACACAAGUCAUGCCAGAUGAAUUUCAUUUCCCUUUUUGAUAGAGUUACAAGCUUGAUGGAUCAGGGGAAUGCUGUGGACAUAGCAUAUCUUUGUUUCAGUAAGGGGGUUGGACUAGAUGACCCUGGGAUUCCUUCCAACUCUACGAUUCUAUAAUUCAAAUCUCAUUGUUUGGCUAUUAUCCAGGAAAAAACCAUCUUGACUUUAUUUCGUAGAGUCAUAGAAUUACAGAGUUGCAAGGGACCCUGGGGGUCAUCCCCUGCAAUGCAUAUUUAUUUAUUUCAUAAAAUUUAUACAGUAUACCACUUGAUUGUAGGGAAAAAACCCUCAAAGCAGUUUACAGAGAAGUUAAAACAAUAAAAAUAUUUUUUUAAAAACCCAACAACACUUUAAAACAUACAGAAAGUUAAAACCACAGUAUAGAUUUAAACCCAUAAAACUUUCUAAGCCCCUUAGAAGGCUUGUCUACACAAGAAUGUUUUUAGCAGGCAUUUCAAGUGGCAGGGAGUUCCAAAGGGUCAGUGCUGCCACACCGAAUGCUUGCUUACCUUGCACUGCAAACUGUGGGAGACGAGAUCUGGGUUCUACUACACUUUCCAAUUUAUUUCUAUCGGACCUUUUGGCCGAAAAGGUGCUCCCCUGCACCAAGGCAGCCCCAAAGGGCAUGCAGAAAGAGGAGUGCAGAAAAGAGUUAUCAGCCAUGACCCUGUGGCUUGUUCCACUGACUUACCGUAGCUCAGCAAGUCAAUAAGGUAUAUUGUCGUCAUAAGGCAUAAAACCCCCAUUGCUCUCUCUUCCCCCCCAUAUCCUCAUAUAGGUUGCAGCUGUCUCUGAAGCACUCGGACGUCGGGCCUUUCUCAGUAAGAUCUUUUUCGUUCCCUAAAUUGCUUGAUCCCGUGACCUUAAGUGACCCCUGAGGAUUCCAUGGUCACAGCUAGAGGUUCAAGCUCUCAACGUGCACACUCAGCGGCCAGAGGCUCUCCUGCCUUUUUCUCAGAGCCCAUUCUUGCCAAUACCCUCCCUGAAAGAUUUGGUGCCAUCUCAGUGGGCAAACCUAUCAAUCUCAGCUUCUCACUCCUGCAGUCUUAAGUUUAGUUCCCCCCUUUUACACAUCAGUUUUUGGCAUUUAUUUUAUUUGUCCUCAUGAAGAUUUACCAACUUCUCCUUGCAUGUAACUCCUAAUAUACAUAUUAUUGGCAUUCAAUUUUCUCAAACGUCAUGCAUUUUUUUUCUAUUUUAUUUUUACUCAAGUACAUGCAAACCUCUAAGCAUGUGGUUUCUUUGUAGACAUUACUUGCCUGGAGAACACCGCUGCAAAAUUUGGAAUAGUCCGAAUGUUGAAGGCCAGCUGAGGUUUGGUCUGUUUAUUAUUUCAGGAGGGGUGAAUAAGGUUUGCACUAAAAUGUGGACCGACCCAAAUUUCACCCCCAUCCUGAGGUGUCACAGACACACACCUGCUUUGUCAUUCCUCUCGGUGGUUCUGCCAGGUGUGCAGCAACUGUGAAAAAGGCAGAUUUCAUGACAGAGAUCAUUAGGAAAGAGAUUGAAGACUGCCAAUAGCAUAAUGCCGUUUUGCAAAUCUAUGCUGCAACCAUAUUUGGAGUCCUGCGUACACUUCUGGUCGCCUCACCUCACAAAGUUGCUUUGGGUUGCCCUGGGCAAGAUAGAAGAAGAAGAAGAGUUUGGAUCUGAUAUCCCGCCUUUCACUCCCUUUAAGGAGUCUCAAAGCGGCUAACAUUCUCCUUUCCCUUCCUCCCCCACAACAAACACUCUGUGAGGUGAGUGAGGCUGAGAGACUUCAAAGAAGUGUGACUAGCCCAAGGUCACCCAGCAGCUGCAUGUGGAGGAGCAGAGACGCGAACCCGGUUCACCAGAUUACGAGACUACCGCUCUUAACCACUACACCACACUGGCUCUCGAUAAGAUAAAACUACAGUGGUACCUCGGGUUAAGUACUUAAUUCGUUCUGGAGGUUCGUUCUUACCUGAAACUGUUCUUAACCUGAAGCACCACUUUAGCUAAUGGGGCAUCCUGCUGCUGCCGCACCGCCGGAGCCCGAUUUCUGUUCUCAUCCUGAAGCAAAGUUCUUAACCCGAGGUACUAUUUCUGGGUUAGCGGAGUCUGUAACCUGAAGCAUCUCUAACCUGAAGCGUCUGUAACCCGAGGUACCACUGUACUAGCAAACCGAAUAAAUGGGAAAGAUUCAGAAAAGGGUCAUCAGAAAGAUCGAGGGGAAUCCCCUGUGAGGGAAGCAUGCAAGCGCCGAGGUCUUCCUAGUUUAGAGAAAAGACAAGAAAGAGUUGACACGAUAGACGUUUAUAAAAUUAUGCCUUGCAUGGAGAAAGUGAACAGAGAAAAGGUUCUACCUCCUACCACAACUCUGAGAUUCAUGGAAAUAAUAAUAAUACUACUACUAAUAAUAAUAAUAAUAAUAAUAAUAAUAAUAUUUUUAUCCUGCCCAUCUGGGCUGCUUCCAACAGAGUAUUAAAAACACGAUAAAACAUCAAACAUUAAAAACUUCCCCAAACAGAGUUGCCUUCAGAUGUCUUCUAAAAGUCAAAUAGUUGUUUAGUUCCUUGACAUCUGGUGGGAGGGUGUUCCACAGGGCGGGCGCCACCACCGUGAAGGCCCUCUGCCUGGCUCCCUGUAACCUCACUUCUCACAGUGAGGGAACCACCAGAAGGCCCUCAGCGCUGGACCUCCGUAUCCGGGCAGAACGAUGGGGGUGGAGACGCUCCUUCAGGUCUACUGGGCCGAGGAGGAGAGGGCUGUUAAUGGCCACUAGGGAUGAUGGCUCUGCUCUGCUUCCAUAGUUGGAGGUCUUAAUGCUUCCGAAUACAAGUCGCUGGAAACCAAAGAAAGGGAGAAAGCUCUUGUGCUCAGGUCUUGCUUGAGGACCUCUGGUUGGCCAUGGAGAGAACUGGAAAGGAUGGACCACGGGCUUAAUGUUCUUUCCAAUUGACUGGGAGUUGUUUGAUUCACACACCCAUUUAUGUACCGGCCAAGGCAAAUGUAGGACAUCCAGGAUGAAGCCAAAAGUCAGGGAGGGGAAUUAGAGGACACCUUGACCCUCCUCCCCACUGCCCCGUGCAGCAACAAAACUGCUAGUGCAUUGGUAAACCAGGCAUGGUCCAGUAUGGUUUCAAAUUGGAUGAAUGACUGUGAGUUGAGAUUCCUGCAUUGCAGGGGGUUGGACUAGAUGACCCUUGACUCCUUUCCAGCUUUACAAUUUUGUGAUUCCAUGAGCCCUUUCAUCUUGAUUUCCCUUUUAUGGUCUCUCUCUCUCUCUUUCCAGGUACAAUUAAUGCAAGCCAUCAUGAACUACCUUGCUUCAAGCACCCUCCUGCCUGCCGUGAACGGUAAAUAUCAGUCUACUUGUUGCACCACGUGCUUCAUUAUAGCCUUGUUUCCCAUUCACCAUCCCAACAGAACCAGGCCUCUGAUAUGGACUCCCAGGACAGAGCAAAGACCCCUCCGGUUGCAUCUUCAGCGAGGAGAGGAGACUGGCAGGUGGUUCCUGGGAGGGCAUCUGGCUGUGCCGUUUUGAGAAAACGCCAGGCCUGCAACCCCAUGGAAAGUUACUAGGGGAGGAAUGUCCAGCGUCUCGUGUACAACAUUGGGGAGCUCACAGAGCACUUCAGAGUGAGGGGACAACCAGGAGCAGCGGGGAAAACUGCAGGGCAAAUGCACACUUCCCCUGUAGCAGGCAAGAGGCCAGUAUGAGGGGCAGUGGUGGUGUAGUGGUUAGCGCACCUGGGAGAGACCAGGGUUCAGAUCCCCACUGGGCCCCGAAACUCACUGGAUGGUGACCUUGGGCCAGUCAGUCCCUUUUGGCUUAACCUACCCUGCAGGGUUGUUGAGGAGGUGAAAUUAAGAGCAGAAUAAUCUUGAGUUCCUUGGAGAAAAAGAUGCACAGAAAUGCAAUAAACAAAUAAAUAAGAGGCUGCGCAAAUGGGGCACCUCCACUACUGAGUGGAGGCCAGGUUUCUUUUCCAUAGUUUAAAGCAAGUUUCUAGUUUUUAUGGCUGCACACCUGAAUAAGUUCAGAUGGCAGAGCAGGACUCUCAUAGAGCUGAGUAGCUGCUGGCAGCUCCUCAGGUCUGGCGGGGGGUGUGUGUGCGAAAUCUCUUAUAUAUCGUUUUGCAAUUUGCAGAACAUUUUUAGACUCUCUUCAUAAUUGGGAGGGAUUCAUAUAGCUCUGGUGUGGGAAAGCACAUAAUACAAAUCCAAAAUGGAGGCUGUGUUCACUCAAUGUGCCACAUCUGCUUGGCGGUUGAACAGACUCCCUUGGAAGGUGCGGGACUGUCAUUCGUUGGAGGUGUUUAAGCAGAGGUUGGGUGGCCAUCUGCCACGGACGCUUUAGUUGCAUUGCAGGGGGUUGGACUAGAUGACCCUUGGGUCCCUUCCAACUCUACAAUUCUGUGAUUUUAUGACCUCGGUUAAUUUUAUCUCCCUUUUUAAAAAAAAUAGUUUUUAUUGAUUUUUACAAUUUUAUAUUCAACACAAUCAUUAUUAUCACAAAGAAAAACUAUAAAUCCUAAUACCCACCCCUCCCCCUCCCAUGACUUCCCUCAACUUCCUCUUCUGGUUCUUUAAAUAUUUGCUUCUCCUGCCCAUCUUAUUCUACCUUAAUUUCGCAAUAUUUUAAUUAAAUAUUGUUGUAUUCUUUUUGUACCAUUUCCCCCCCAAAUUACAUCUUUCCCUUUAUUCAUUCCCCAUUAUUACAUCUUAACUUUUAUACUUGUUUCCUUAAAUUGUAAAUGUUUAAUCAAACCCUGCCAGUGCGUCUACUUCUUUACAAUAUUUUUGUUAAGUGCAAGAUAAAUUUUACCUUCCAGCACGACUGGCUGAAGGCUUCCCCCUCCCUCUCCCGCACCACGUGGAGCUCUCCAGUGCCUUUCUGCAGCUUCGCCAGGUGGGUGAUGCAUUAGCCCUGUCGCAAAAGAAGCUCUGGGUACUCAGGGAAGCUUCCUGCAUUUUGAGGCUUAAAACGAAUUGUGGGGAAAGCUCCCUGAGGGAGCAGGUGAAGCCCACAUGGAGGCAGCCCUCACUUGGCCCAGCAGGCAUCCCAUAAUACCCCUUCCACAUUUGCAAGAAGUCAGUUAUUUCACUUUGGAAUUCCCUGCCUCUUGACACCAGGCAUGCUCCGUUACUUUGCUCUUUCUUGCGCCUGCUUAAAACAUUCUUACUCAGACAAGGCUCUCCAGAUGUUUAAGAAAUCCGAGGUGAGCUCAGAUCUGUUUUUAGUCUAUUGUUCUUUUAACUUUUCAAAACUCUUGAAUCGUGGUUGUGAAUUUUUCUCAGCGAUAAUUUUAUUGCUUUAUCUUAUUUUGCAAACUGCUUUGAAGGUUGUUGUUGUUGUUUUACACUCAAGCAGUGUAUAAAUUUUUAGGAAAUAUUAAAUAAAACAAACAGCCCUGCUUGCAGAGCACACGUCCCAGGAGGUAGGCAUCCUGCACCCUUUGUGUCUGGAUGCCAGGAUUUUGUUGUCCUGCUGCUGGCCAGAGGAAGACUCAGCUGCAAGGGCCAUAGCUCAAGGGGUAGGGUGUCUGUCUCGCAAGUGGAAGGUUGCAGGUUCAAUCCUCGCUGGCGUCUCCAGGCGGUUCUGGGAGAGACUCCUGCCUGAAAUCAUGGAGAGCCAUUGCUGGAGAGACACUGCUAAGCUAGAGGCAGGCAGGCCAAUUCUAGGUGGCCGAGCAGUCUUCCGACUCCUCAAUAUUUCUUUGAAAGGGUUCCAGCCCUCCCAAAAUUGAGGCAGCCCAGAGCAACUUCGCAGGAGGCUUCACCGGUCUGCUUGGUGUCAGGAAAACGCGUGUGACGUCACACGAUGUGCACAUGACAUCACACAUGCCGCAGCCCCCGAUCUUGGGGGCAAUCCGGCGGCACUGGCUAGAGGGACCGAUGGCCUGACUCUGUAUAGGGCAGCUUCCUCUGUUCCUAAUUCUGCCUUCUGAUCUCUCCCCAGGAUUUCUUGCUCUUUGGAGCAGACGUUCUCUACGGUUAAUGGCGAUGCAGAAAGAGGAGAGCCCAGACGCAAUGCAGAAUGUCGCGCCCUCUUCUGCUUCUUCUGCUUGGUCUUCCAGGCAGCGGGGGGGGGGGGUUCUUCCCCGGAAAAGGGCCCCUCCCUGUUUUUGGAAUAAUUUUCACACUGGUAAACCCUAAUGACUGCUCAGAUAAACAGCAGUUCAUCAGGUAUUUAUGUUGAUUUCCACUGAGAUGGGACUAUAGAUGCAACUGAGAUUAAAUCCGGGUUCAGCAAUGGAUUCAGAAACGGUCAUGGUGGACAAUGGAGGUUGUUUUACACCAGUGUAGAUCCUAGAGCCAGUAGGAGCAUCAGAAUGAUGGCAUUGGCAGAGAUUAAUUUUGGUAAACUGGUAGCCUGAGAAGUAACAUUGCCUCACCCCAGAAAUCCGUGUCCAGAAACUGUUCUCCUCAGAUAGGGCACCGCUGAGAGUCCCACAUGCCCCAGAGGCAUGCUUUGCUUGCACUUGAAACUGGGCUUUUAGUGUUGCAGCCCCUGCCCUCUGGAACCAUUAUAAGGAGCGACUGGACAGGCUUCUGCCAUCUUGAUGUUUGAGCACUUAUUAAAUACUUUUUUGUUUAAGGAGGCUUCCCUAAUCCUUUUGUAUAAUCUUAACUGCACAAUUGUAGGUAUGAUCAAAUUGGCUUUUAGAGUCUACAUUUUCUCCUCUGUUUUGUUUCUACUUCAUUUUCUCUUUUAUUGUACACAGCUUCAAUAACUCUACAUUGUGAAGUGGUUCAUAAAUCCGUUGAAUAUAAAUAAGUAUGCAGAGGAAGC